ACCAAAUAGCAAUAUGCAAGUCUUUUUCUUCCCCCACACAUUGAAUUUAAAUCAACUCCACUCGAUCCUACUCAAGCCAAUCCAUACCAAAAUUAAAAUACAACAAAAACCCAUUUCAUAAAUCAUAAUAAUCCUUCCUUAUUACUACAUAAACCCAUUAUUUAAAAAAACCAUUCAAAACCCAUAGAAACUACAAAAACAUUCAUUAAUUUACAAAUGAGUCCCAUACACUUACACCCAACUAAAAGAAGAACAUCUUCUUCCUUAUCAUCUUCGUCGUCAUCUACAAAUGAUAUGAGAGCGACCCUAACGAUAAUCGACAUGGCAUCAUGGUAUUGUUCCAUUAUUAUGGUGGCCUUAAUCUUGUUCAUGACAUUGAAGAAAGACAACUUUAAUCCUUAUCAUGAUGAUUAUGAUCAAAGCUCACUUAGUAAUUUGUACAUGAUGAAAAGCACCAAUUUGAUUGAUAAUCGUCCGUGUGAUGAAAUCUAUGUGGUGGGUGAAGGAGAAACACUAAAUACAAUAAGUGAUAAAUGUGGUGAUCCUUAUAUUGUAGAGCGUAAUCCACAUAUUCAUGAUCCUGACGAUGUUUUUCCUGGACUUGUUAUUAAGAUUAUUUCUUCUUCUAUCAUUAAAAACAGGAAGCUUAUAAGCUAGAUAAUUUUCAUAUUUUAUACAUAGAUUUUAGUGUUAGAGUUGUACAACAAAAACAGAGCACACUGUUUCUUUGAUGAUUACAAGGUAGAUGGAAAUGGAACCUUUUCAUUUUCUAAAAACUGAAGUUUGCUGUACAAUUAUAACAUGACCCAUUAUCAUUAUGUUUCUUAGAUGUAUAAUUUUUCUUUUGUCUUUUUUCUGUUGAUGUAUAUGUUUCAAAGUCUAUGAAAAGUAAAAUUUAUAUCGAAUGAAUAUAAUAAAAUUAUGGUGCAGAUAAAUGCCAUAUUUAUG